CUUGAAAUGUUCGGCAUGGAAUCAAAUAUGGCUACCGAGAAAAGCAAAACUUAUUUCGCAAUUUGAAUAACAUGAAUUAAAGCAACAAAAAUAGUUUGAUAGAGAAUAUUACGUAUCGCAGCUUUAGCAAAAUGUCUUCACAAGCAUUUCGAGGUCCAGAAGAAACUUCUGUAAAUCCAGAACUUCAGGUAUUGAUGCAUGCAGUCAGUAGCUGUGCAGGUGUGGCAGUGCAGCAACUUCUGAAGCAAAAUCCGGCACUUGUGAAAGAAAAAGGAUGGCAUGGACAAACUGCUUUACACAGAGCUUGUCUGUCCGGAGAUGGUGCCAUGGUACGGCUGUUGCUGGAGUACGGUGCAGACCCAAAUGCUACCAACGACUUUUUGGAAACGCCAGUACACUAUGCAAGCAAAAGAGGAAUUCCUACUUUAGUGCAUAUCUUGGCACAAGCUGGUGGCAGACUGGAUGUAAAAGAUAAAAGUGGAAAAACAGCUGUACACAAUGCUGCACAAACUGGAAGUGUGUAUAUGUUGCAAUACCUUGAAGAAAAGGGUUUUGGAUUCCGAGAUGUUGAUAAUAGUUUGCAGAGUCCUUUACAUUGUGUGUGUUCAUUUGGUCAUCUUGAAGCCUUUAAGUAUCUUCUCAGAAAAGGGAGAAGUGACCCUAGACAAGGAGAUUCCAAAGGUGACACUCCGCUUCAUAUAUGUGUACGAGAAGGGUACGCUCACGGCAGUUGGCUUCUUAUCAACUACCUUGGUCUUGAAUGUCUACAUGUGAAAAAUAAUCUCGGACAAACUCCACUUGACAUCAUCAAACAAUUUGAUACUUCUAAAAAGACAGGACAUUCUCAGCUUUUACCACUUCUUACAGAGCUUUCGAAAAUGUCCCAGAAUUCCAAAGUACAGGGACCAAAUCAGCUGUGGUACUUCCAUCUACUGAUGCCAACUGUAGUUUAUGCUUUUGCUGUAUUGCUUGCAUUGAAUGUUUUCCCGAAUUACCAAGGAAUUAUCUUCGUGCUUGCUUUGGCAUACAUUAUAAAAUCUGCCAUGAAAGCCUCCCAUAGACUUAACCAUGUUUCAAGAUGGGCCAAUCCAUUGUUUGCAGGAACAUUCUGUGCUGGCAUGCUGCAUACCAUGCUUGUCUACUACUGGAAUAUACCAAACUAUUUACCCCACCAAAUACUGUUAUACAUUUCUAUUAUUUGCAAUAUAUUUCAGCUGUACCUGUAUUACAAGUUGAUCACAGUAGAUCCAGGUGUGGUGAAAACUGGAGAAUUGAAUGAGAAAACAAGACAACCAGUCACACUUAGUGAUCUCUGUGAUAAAAAUUCCACUAUGGAAUUAUUCUGCCAUGAAUGUGAGAUUGUGAGAUCCAAGGUUACGAAGCACUGUAAGCUGUGUGACUUGUGUUAUUACAGAAUGGACCACCAUUGUUUAUUCUUACUAAAAUGUGUCGCCUAUAACAACCACGCUCGUUUUGUCUGGUUCCUUAUAGAAACAGCUUUUGUUAUGUCGAUGUUUGUAUUCCAAGCUUAUCUGUAUGUGAAAUCCAAAUACCCGGAGAAACCGUACAAGACAAUGAUACCGGACAUGUUCUGGGAUGACUGUUGGAUACUAAGUAUGGUGUUUUUAAACGUAGGCAGCAUUAUAUGGGCAAUUUCUUUAAUUAAGUACCAGCUAGAUGUUGUAGCACGUGGACAUACUACGUAUUUCCAGCAGAAAAUUAGCACGCUGACGGCAGUAGAUAAACUAUUCAAUGUUCUGUAUUUUCUACGAGGUAGAGCGGUGUAUAUUACAGAUUUUGAGUUUGAUGAGAAAGAGAAACAAUAUCCGACACAGAAAGGUUAUCCAGUACAGCCAGCAUACCCGGUCCAAAAUGUCUAAAUGUUUAUUUGUUUAGCUGAUAGGUUUUUAAUAUGUUACAUACAGAUCAGCUCACACGGAAAACCCACUUUCUGUUAUUCCUGGAAGGAAAAGUCGUGCAUAGCGAGGAAUUCCUCCGAGUACUGCCUUAUUCUCACUCUGAGUAUUGAUUGUUAUAGUUUUAUUACUUUAGCGGAAUUUCAUCGAGUCACUCCGAGAAAUUACUUGACAGAACUCCGAGUCGAAAUUAUACAGGUAACACUCUAAUGAUUUCGAGUAUUUUAAUGCCACUCCGUGCGACUCUGAGUCUGUAAUAAACAACUAAUCAGUCAUUUCGAGUGACGCGAGAUGAUUUCACGAAAUUCCGAGGCAGUAUUCCCUUACCUUGAUGGAAUUUUUAUAUAAUUAGCUUGUUUUUUUUACUUGAUAAAAUUUGUGUAUUUUGAUAUUGAAACUGUUUCUGACCACAAGAAUUAGAUUAAGCAGCAUAUUUAUGUAAAAUGGAUUAAAUUUUUUAUCAUAUAAAAUGAAAUAAACUUUCAAAUGACCGCCGUGUUAAAGAAAAGUGAUUUGUUAAGGUAGUUCUGCACGUUAGGAUCUAAAUUUUUUCUACAAUGUAGAAUUUGAUUAAACUCUGAUUUUUCAAAACUUCGGAAUAUACUAAGAAAAUUCAGCAAAUAAAAAAGAUAGGGUCGUGUGCUUGAUUUUUUGCUAGACUGAUUUGAAAAAUUUCGACCUCACUCAAGUUUUCAUAAUGCGAGUCUAUGGGAAAAACGCAAUUUUCAAAACAUUUUCGCGAAUAGAAAUAUUUCUACAAUGUAGAUUUUAAUGAAACUUCUCACAGUCAUAAAUAAACAUAUGGCCUAUAAUAUGGUGAAAUAAGAUGUAUAGGUCCGUGUGCUUAUUUUUGAGAUAUUUGACUACGAUUAAAGAGAACCGCCUAUUUCAAGCUGAUUUUAAGACAUUAUUUUGAAUUAUUUAACGUGUAAGAUGUUUUAAUAUCAUAUUUUAACUUUAGAAAGAUAGUAACAGUGCCAUUUUGAUACAUUUAUUCACAGGUUGCCCUUAAUUCAUAAAUUGAUUUUCGUUUCCGUACGCCGAAUCCAGGCAUUAUUCUACGUUUUCCGGAUAAGUGACGUUACGCCAUCACUUCCGGUUUUUCAAACGUGCAGAACUACCUUAAAUUCUGAUAUUGAAAUAAUUUCAGACUUUGUGAUUGAAUUUAGAAAAUUUAAUAAAGUUAUGUAAAAUGCACUAAAUUAAGCAUAAUUCAUAUAAUUGUUAAGUAUGAUAUUGAAAUACUUUCUGACAAUGCUUUUUAAAUAAGAAAUGAAUUAUGUAAAAUGGACUAAAUUUAAGAAUUACAUAAAACUAAACAAACUUUCAGAUAACUGGCGUUAAAGAAUAGUGAUUUGUUAAAUAUCAUAUUCAAAUAGUUUCUGACAGUGCAAAUUAAAUUGAACUAAAUUAAGAACAAUAUAAAACUAGAUAAACUUUAAGAUAAUGGCCGUUAAAGAAUAGCAUUCUUUUUAUUGAAAAUUAUAGGGAAAAUGAUUAAUUUUCAUUAUGAAAAUGGUCUUUCAUUUAUUCGUUUGGAAGGAAUUAUAACAAGAGCUGUCAGUGGACAGCGCCCUCGACUAUUCUCAGUGCUUGAUAGUAUAAUAUAAGCGAUGAGUAAAACUUUAACAUUACAAUAAGCAUAUUCUAUGUCAAAAAGGGGCCAUAAUUCAGUCAAAAUGCUUGAUAGAGUUGCCUCCUCCUUAUUACAGACUGGGGUCAUGAUGGUAAGCAAGUAUGCAAAAUAUGAAAGCAAUACCUCAAUGGACUUUGAAAAUAUUUGGGGUGGUAUGCAAACUUUAACAUUUAUUCUAAGUUGAAAAGGGGCCAUAAUUCAGUCAAAAUACUUGAUAGAAUUGCAUCCUCCUUUUUACAGACUGGGGUCAUGAUGGUUAACAGGUAUGCAAAAUAUGAAAGCAAUAUCUUCAUGGACUUUGAAAAUAUUUGGGGUGGUACGCAAACUUUAACAUUCUAAGUCGAAAAGGGGCCAUAAUUCAGUCAAAAUGCUUGAUAGAGUUGCCUCCUCCUUUUUACUGGGGUCAUGAUGGUAAACAAGUAUGCAAAAUAUGAAAGCAAUAUCUCAAUGGACUUUGAAAAUAUUUGGGGUGGUACGCAAACUUUAACAUUUGUGUGCCCACGCUAACGCCGAUGCCGGGGCGAGUAGGAUAGCUCCCCUAUUCUUCGAAUAGUCUAGCUAAAAAGGGAAAAUAAUUGCUGCCGUGUCCACUCAAAAAGUUGUAACAUGUUAUAAGUGAACAGAAAAAUCUGGUUUAUUAAUCCCCCGCCGUGGCGGAGGGAUUAUAGGAAUGGUCUCCGUCCGUCCGUCCUUCCAUCCGUCCUUCCGUCCGUCCUUCCGUCCGUAACAAAAUCGUGUCCGGUCCAUAUCUCCUAAACCCCUCGAAGGAUUUUCAUGAAACUUGGGUCAAAUGAUCACCUCAUCAAGACGAUCUGCAGAACCCAUGAGUCAGCCUUGUCGGUUCAAGGUCAAGGUCACAACUCGAGGUCAAACGUUUGAGCCUGCCAUUUUGUGUCCGCUCUAUAUCUCCUAAACCCCUUGAAGGAAUUUUAUAAAACUUGGGUCAAAUGAUCACCAUAUCAAGACGAUGUGCAGAACCCAUGAGUCAGCCAUGCCGGCUCAAGGUCAAGGUCACAACUCAAGGUCAAAGGUUUGAGCCUUCCAUUUUGUGUCCGCUCUAUAUCUCUUAAACCCCUUGAAGGAAUUUUUAGCUCAUCUGAUUUUUUGAAAAAAAAUGAUGAGUUAUUGUCAUCACUUGAGCGGUUGUCGGCGUCGGCGUUGGCGUUGCCUGGUUAAGUUUUAUGUUUAGGUCAGCUUUUCUCCUAAACUAUCAAAGCUAUUGCUUUGAAACUUGGAAUACUUGUUCACUAUCAUAAGCUGACCCUGUAUAGCAAGAAACAUAACUCCAUCUUGCUUUUUGCAAGAUUUAUGGCCCCUUUUGUACUUAGAAAAUAUCAGAUCUCUUGGUUAAGUUUUAUGUUUAGGUCAGCUUUUCUCCUAAACUAUCAAAGCUAUUGCUUUGAAACUUGGAAUACUUGUUCACCAUCAUAAGCAGACCCUGUAUAUCAAGAAACAUAACUCCAUCUUGCUUUUUGCAAGAUUUAUUGCCCCUUUUGGACUUAGAAAAUCAGUUUUCUUGGUUAAGUUUUAUGUUUAGGUCAGCUUUUAUCCUAAACUAUCAAAGCUAUUGCUUUAAAACUUGCAACACUUGAUCACCAUCAUAAGUUGACCCUGUACAGCAAGAAACAUAACUCCAUCCUGCUUUUUGCAAGAUUUAUGGCCCCUUUUGGACUUAGAAAAUAUCAGAUUUCUUGGUUAAGUUUUAUGUUUAGGUCAACUUUUUCUCUUAAACUAUCAAAGCUAUUGCUUUGAAACUUGCAACACUUGUUGACCAUCAUAAGCUGACCCUGUACAGCAAGCAACAUAACUCCAUCCUGCUUUUUGCAAUAAUUAUUGCCCCUUUUGGACUUAGAAAAUCAUUUUCUUGGUUGAGUAUUAUGUUUAAGUCAACUUUUCUCAUAAACUAUCAAAGCUAUUGCUUUAAAACUUGCAACAGUUUUUCAACAUCAUAAGUGGACACUGAACAUCAAGAAACAUAACUCUAUCCUGAUUUUUGCAAGAAUGAUGGCCCUUUUUAUACUUAGAAAAUCAUGGGUAGGACAAUAUUUCUAUCACACAAAAAAAAAUCAGAUGAGCGUCAGCACCCGCAAGGCGCUGCUCUUGUAUAAAACUUUGGUCAAAUGAUCACCUCAUCAAGACGAUGUGCAGAACCCAUGAGUCAGUCAUGCCGGCUCAAGGUCAAGGUCACAACUUAGGGUCAAAGGUUUGAACCUUCCAUUUUGUGUCCGCUCUAUAUUUCCUAAAUCCCUUGAAGGAUUUUCAGACCUUAUGAGUCAGCCAUGUCGGCUCAAGGUCAAGGUCACAACUGAAGGUCAAAGGUUUGAGCCUUCCAUUUCGUGUCCGCUCUAUAUCUCCUAAACCCCUUGAAGGAAUUUUAUAAAACUUGGGUCAAAUGAUUACCUCAUCAGAACGAUGUGCAGAAAUUAUGAGUCAACCAUGCCAGCUCAAGGUCAAGGUCACAACUAAGGGUCGAAGGUUUGAGCCUUCCAUUUUGUGUCCACUCUGUAUCUCCUUAACCCCUUGAAGGAUUUUCAUCAAACUUGGGUCAAAUGAUCACCUCAUCAACAACUCAUGAGUCAGCCAUGUCAACUCAAGGUCAAGGUCACAACUGAAGGUCAAAGGUUUCAGCUCUGUAUCUCCUAAACCCCUUGAAGGAUUUUCAUGAAACUUUGGUCAAAUGAUCACCUCAUCAAGACGUUGUGCAGAAUUCAUGAGUCAGCCAUGUCAGUUCAAGGUCAAGGUCACAGCUGAAAUCAAAGGUUUUACCCUUUCACUAUCCAUAGCAGUGGCGGGGGAUUUAGCUGUCUUUCAGACUGCCUUGUUUUAAUGUAAAAUAGAAAGAUACUAUUAUAAUUAUUCAUAAAUUACUUUGUUUUUUUCGUGUAUCACUACAUAAAAUAUAAUUAUCUUGCUCCAUGUAAUCUGAAAUCUGUCAAUGAAGUUACUCGAAGACCCAAUUAAAUUUGUAUAGGUAAUUAUUCAUUCGACUCGGAGUCACUCGAAGAAAUUCCGUCAAGUGACUCGCAAACAAAAGAAACCAAUACAGGUGUGUAUUCCGCUAAUUGGAUUUCAUCUCGAGUUACUCUGAGAAUUCCUUCAAGUGACUUCGAAUAAAUCCUCGAAGUCAGACAGCGAAAUUCCUUGACGGAAACUGGCCAUCCUCCAAGGAUCGAGUAGAAUGGGUUUUCCGCGUGAGCUGAUCUGUAUUUUGGCAGUAUUAGAAGGCAUAUGACAUAGAAAAAGUAGGUGGAAAACAGAAAACACAUGAUAUUUAACACUGGAUCUUGAUAACAUGAAAAAGGUUAGGAACAGAAAAAUAACGAUAUAGUAAGGACACUUUGUUACAGAGGAUGGUGAUUUCCCCGAGUUUGAACUGUUACAAAGUUUUGAAAGUGCUCAAAAUCUGUUUGUUAUAUAAAUUAAUCAUUCCAAAAAUAUAGGGGAAAAAUCUUUUCAAUGAAUAUUUUUCCUAAGAAAAAAAAAACAAACUUUUUCACCUGAUAAGAUAAUGUUAUUGUGUUAAGUUAAAAAUAUAUUUGAUUGAAGAAAUUUUUGAACAUAUUUAUUGUGCAUGAGGGACAUGCUAUAGUUGCUUUUUUGCUAGGCAAUUGAAACCCAUAAUGCUGUAAAAUUUUGCCAUAAAUCCAGUUUACAACCUUUGCUCUGAAAUAUACUUUUCCCACAUUUAUAGUUACUGUCUUUGCUGUUUUGAGGGAAGAAAAAGGCAGGCAUGGUUUCCAUGUUAUGGCAUUGUAUCAUACUGUGAUAAAUAUGUAGACAUUAGAAAGGAUGUUUUUACUUUGGUUUCAAAAUUUUCUUUAAUGUGAGAUUAUGUUAAGGUAGUGUGUUACUUUAUAAUAGACUCAAACCUAUUUUUGUGUUAAUAUAGAUAUUAUAAAUAUAAAAAGUCAGUAAAAAUCCUUGUGUAGCUAUGGAAUAUAUUAAAGUGGCAUUAUGCGCAUCUUACUGCACAUAGUGUGUUUUGGUGAAUGUUUUAUAAAAGCAUUUUUCGGUUUCUAUGCAUUUAAAUGUGUUAAAUUAACGAUAAUGUUGCAUAAGUAUUUGAAGUUGAUGCUUUAGAAAUAAAGAAAUUGGCCAUAUAAAAUAAUAGUUCUUUUCUUCAGUCUUCUAUGCAGUGAUCUCCCUUACCUAUAGGUACAGAUUUCUGAAGUUGAAGGGAAGCAACUCCUGCAUGCUGCUUGACCUAUCUUAAAAAGACUGCCCGAAGUCAAAAUAAGAAAAGCCAUAUUUGGAAAGUUAUUAUUUUGUAAUGGUAACAGGAAGAAUUUGGUAUACUGGGUUAAAAGCUAUAAUUUUCUCCACCCUUUUGACAAACACAUCUAUUUUAGCUGGAUUCUUACUUGAAAAAUGCGCAUAAUUCCACUUUAUAGGUAUACCUGUAUACUGCUUUGUAGAUCGUGAGAUUACAGAGCUUUGUAAGCCAGUCCAGAAUGUAUAAAUGUUUUAUAUAUUUAGUUUAUGUUCUUGUCAAUUGAAUUUUAAUAUAUAUUACACAUGAAAUAUAUAUAUAUAUAUAUAUAUAUAUAUAUAUAUAUAUAAAAAUCACCAAGCCCGUAAAUCUGGGCAGAUUCUUUUCAAUUCCAGUACCGUUAGUCUGCCCACUUUUACGGGUACAUCUGCCCACUUCUACGGUCCUUUACGGAUUGAAUCUAAAGAUGAAACGUAUAUCUGCCCACUUCUACGGUAUAGUAAAGUUAUAUAUAUAUAUAUAUAUAUAUAUGUUGUUGUAGCUACUGGCACAGUUUAUUUUCAUUCCGAUUGUUGUUUGUUGUUCCGUUGUUUUGUUUAUUUAUCUUUUUGUUUACUUUUCUCUUUUUAAACACAACUUUGAUCUUCAUUUGGGAUAUCUUGCACUUCAUAUGCCUGAUGGAGAAUUAGGAAGUUGUAAAUUAAAUAAAUAUUAUAUAAAUUGCUACUUGUUAACUGUGGAAUGAACUUUUUGAAUAUCUUUAUUCACACAAAUUUUUUGAAUUGUAUAUCAGGAUCUGACAUUAAGAAAUAACAUCAGAAAUGAAAAGGGGCAUUAAAUAUAGCAAUGUUGACUAGAGGUUUUGUUCAUUGUGUCCGGUCUCUCAGAUGAUUUACUCCUGCACUUUACAUAGGUCUUUGCAAUAACUUUAAGUCAGCAAGUUUGUUACCACAGCCCCUUUCACAAAAUAUGGUAGGUUUGCUCCACCAAACAUUGAAAAAGGGUACUAGCAGCUCCCUUGCUUCUCUUGUUCCCUUGUUACCAUGGAUACGGUCAGAAAUGAGGUGUUUGCAGUGAUUGAUACGAGUUGUAAAAUAGAAAAAGUGGAAACUGCACAGGUCACCAAACAUAACAAAAAUGAAAAUGAUGAAGACUUAGUUGAUUGAACGUGUUCAUGUUGAAAUGCAUACUACUGUCCACACCCUCUAGACCUGGGUUGAGUGGAACUCAACAUCUGCACAUGUUACGAAUACCGAAAAUGCAAUUAGAGACAUCUCAAGAUGCGUUCAUAUAGCAAUGUACAGGGAAUCUUCCAUGACAGAGUACAGUUCUGUGAAAAGCAGCAUAUUGUACCAGUUCAAAAUAAUAGGCUUACCCUAAACUAGAAAAUAAUAGGCAGAACUAAAACUGGAAUUUAGGGAGGGAAUCAGAGGUUAUGGAGUCUGCAUAUCACAGAAACUGCAAAAAAAAACAAAAUUAAAAAACAGGCAUCUUGUUCCACAAUCUACUCAAAAUAGUAUAAAUUAUUACUGGAUAUUGCCUAAAUGACAUUUCCACAGCAUCUAUUCUGUUAAAGAACAUAUGCAACUUUUGUUCUUCUGUGGGCAGUAUAUCAUAAUUAUGCAAAACAGCUAUAAUUUGCUGUGGUGAUGCGCAUUGUACCUGAUAGCAUUUUGUCUUUAGGUGUAUGUUGAUAGAUUGUUACUGAAAUAUUUAGUGGUUAUUAUAUUUUGUAACAAGGACCAAACACAUUUACAUUUUCCUUCUAGCAUAUAGAUCAUGCUUUGAAAUGAGACCACUUUCUACCUGUGUAGACAUAAAGAUGCCUUUUCUCUGAUUUGUAUUUAUGUGUUUGGUUCUGGCUAUACACUUUGCUAUUUUCUAAUGGUAUUUCUGUGUUUGAUAAAUAAAACAAAAACUAAUCCAAGUUCUUUUUUAUUGUCUCGCCCAUUUUUUGUGGGAGCGAGACUAAGUAAUCCAAAUUAUGGCGGCGAUGGCAGUAAUUAACUAUUGGGAAUAACUAAACAACUGUAUUUCUUUUAAACCUUGUAGGAUGUUUUAGAAACUAAUUUUACACCCCCAUUGUGAGUCCUGGCCCCCUAGUGACCUUGACCUUGAAGAAAUAAGCAUUUUUAGCUCAUCUGAUUUUUUGGAAAAAAAUGAUGAGUUAUUGUCAUCACUUGAUCGGCGUCGGCGUUGGCGUUGCCUGGUUAAGUUUUAUGUUAAGGUCAACUUUUCUCCUAAACUAUCAAAGAUAUUGCUUUGAAACUUGCAACACUUGUUCACCAUCAAAAGCUGACCCUGCACAGCAAGAAACAUAACUCCAUCCUGCUUUUUGCAAGAAUUAUGGCCCCUGUUUGGACUUAGAAAAUCAUGGGUAGGACAAUAUUUCUAUUAUACAAAGACAAAAAAAUCAGAUGAGCGUCUGCACCCGCAAGGUGGUGCUCUUGUUUAGAUUUUUUUUGUCGCCUUUGAAAAUUUACAAAAAUGACAAUAUCUCAAAAACUGUUACAUAUAUUGCUUUGAAACACUAUGAUGGUUCAAAAACUAAUUUGACACCUGAUGAGUCCUGGCCCCUUAAUGACAUUGACCUUGAAAAAAUCAGCCUUUGAAAAUUCACAAAAAAUCACAAAUUUUCAAGAAAUUGUUACAGAUAUAGCUUUGAAACUUUGGAAGAUGGAUUUAAAACUCAUUUUGCACCUAUUUCAUAACUCAAAGCUCCAGUGGGUGAGACACUUUCAGGCGGUGGCCAUGUAUUUUUAUUGAACUGGCUCAUUUGAUGGGCAGCUGGUACUGAAGCAUGGACACACCUCCAGAUGUAUAACACAAUAUCAAAAUUUUCAAAACAGGUAGCAAAAUAUGUAAGAUAACAAAAUUCCUUCAUCAGUAAUUUUGAGUUCUAGAAUCCUAUUUUACAGUACUGUUUUACUGUUUUAUUUGAGUUCUAUAUUGCAUGGCUAAGUUUGUUCUAUUUUACAGUUCCUUUUUACUUUUGAUUAGAGUUCUAUACUGUAUGGCUAAGUUCUUUCUAUUUUAGAAUACUGUUUUACUGUGUGAUAGAAUUCUAUACUGUAUGGCUAAUUUCCUAUUUUAAAGUACCUUUUUACUGCGUGUUGAGUUCUGUAAUUGUGUCGAUGUGACGUUCCACACCCUCCCUCACUCCCCCCCACUCCCCUAAAAAAAAGAGUUCUAUACUACAUGGCUAAAUUCUUUUUAAUUUUACAGUACCGUUAUACUGUGUAUUAAGAGUUCUACACUGUAUGGCUGAAUUUCUAUUUUGCAGUACCUUUUUACAGUGUGCUUAGAAUUCUGUACUGUGUGGCUAAAUUCCUUCAAUUUUACAGUACCUUUCUGCUAUGUGACUGACUUACACAGUAGAGGCCCCAUGUGGUUCUGGGACGAUCUAUGUAUAAAAAGAAUUGGAACCACUGCCUUACCCUUGCAUGAUCAUAAGAGGCGACUAAUAGGGUCUUAACACUUGGUUUUGCUUAACUCUGUGAUUCCAGCAGGUAUGCAAAUUUUGAUUCCAUACCUCAUGUUUUUAUUUCGAUGUAAAUGAGAUGUGAAACCAAAAUUUGUAGUCCUGUUUGGCGCCAUAUAACCUAUACUGUGUUGGUGUGCCGUAAAACCCAAAUAAAUAAAUAAAUAAAUACACAGUAAAGGGCUGUUCCCCAUGUUUCACCGAUUACAGACUGUUUAUAACGUUUUGAUUUUAGUUUCAUCUGCAUUUACUAAACAGGAAGGCGUACUCAGUUUUAAAAAUAAUUGCAUGAUUUGUGCCUUUCAAGGAUCUUUUUCAUGACUUUUUCUGUUAUAUGAUCUGGCCACAGCAAUGUUUUAUUUAUAUGAGACAGUGCAUCCAUGACAUAUAACUACUUCUCACUUGUCUUUGUCAGGAUUUUUUUAAAAUUCUUAUAGAUGUUAUAAUUAUGUGGGUUUUUUAGCUCACCUGUCACGAAGUGACAAGGUGAGCUAUUGUGACCGCUUGAUGUCCAUCGUGCGUCGUCCAUUGUGCGUCAACAAUUUGUAAAAAGAUCUUCUUGAAAACCAUUGGGCAGAAUUUCACCAAACUUCACAGGAAUGAUCCUUGGGUGGCCCCCUUUCAAAAUUUUUCUAAGAAUUGAAUUCCAUGCAGAACUCUGGUUGCCAUGGCAACCGAAAGGAAAAACUUUAAAAAUCUUCUCCUCAAAAACCAGAAGCCUAGAGCUUAGAUAUUUGGUGUGAAGCAUUGCCUAGUGGACCUCUACCAAUUUUGUUCAAAUCAUGACCCCGGGGUCAAAAUUGACCCCGCCCCAGGGGUCAUUUGAUUUUACAUAGGAAAAUCUUAAAAAAUCUUCUUCUCAAAAACCAGAAGCACUAGAGCUUAGAUAUUUGGUUUGAAGCAUUGCCUAGUGGACCUCUACCAAGUUUGUUCAAAUUAUGACCCGGGGUCAAUUUUUGACCCCGUCCCAGGGGUCACUUGAUUUUACAUAGGAAAAUCUUCAAAGAUUUUCUAAAAAUAAACCAGAAGGCCUAGAGCAUAGAUAUGUCACAUGUAACAUUGCCUAGUGGACCUCUACAAAUCAUGACCCCCGGGGUCAAAAUUGACCCCGACCCAGGGAUCACUUGAUUUUACAUAGGAAAAUCUUAAAAAAUCUUCUUCUCAAAAACCAGAAGUCCUAUAGCUUAGAUAUUUGACCUGUAGCAUUGUCUAGUGGACCUCUACUAAAGUUGUUCAAAUCAUGACCCCGGGAUCAAAAUUUACCCCGCCCCAGGAGUCACUUGAUUUUACAUAGGAAAAUUUUCAAAAUUUUUCUAAAAAUAAACCAGAGGGCCUAGUGCUUAGAUAUUUCACAUGUAACAUUGCCUAGUAGACCUCUACAACAUUUGUUCAAAUCAUGACCCCCGGGGUCAAAAUUGACCCCUCCCCAGAGGUCACUUAAUUUUACAUAGGAAAAUCUUCAAAAAUUUUCUAAAAAUAAACCAGAAGGCCUAGAGCUUAGAUAUGUCACAUGUAGCAUUGCCUAGUGGACCUCUACAAAAUUUGUUCAAAUCAUGACCCCCAGGGUCAAAAUGACCCUGCCCCAGGGGUCACUUGAUUUUACAUAGGAAAAUCUUCAAAAAUCUUCUUCUCAAAAACCAGAAGCCCUAGAGCUUAGAUAUUUGACAUGUAGCAUUGCCCAGUGGACCUCUACUAAAGUUAUUCAAAUCAUGACCCCGGGGUCAAAAUUGACCCCGCCCCAGGGGUCACUUGAUUUUACAUAGGAAAAUUUUCAAAUUUUUUCUAAAAAUAAACCAGAGGGCCUAGUGCUUAGAUAUUUCACAUGUAGCAUUGCCUAGUAGACCUCUACAACAUUUGUUCAAAUCAUGACCCCCGGGGUCAAAAUUGACUCCUCCCCAGGGGUCACUUCAUUUUACAAAUGAAAAUCUUCAAAAAUUUUCUAAAAAUAAACCAGAAGGCCUACAGCUUAGAUAUGUCAUAUGUAGCAUUGCCUAGUGGACCUCUACAAAAUUUGUUCAAAUCAUGACCCCCCGGGGUCACUUGAUUUUACAUAGGAAAAUCUUCAAAAAUCUUCUUCUCAAAAACCAGAAGCCCUAGAGCUUAGAUAUUUGACAUGUAGCAUUGCCUAGUGGACCUCUACUAAAGUUGUUCAAAUCAUGACCCCGGGGUCAAAAUUGACCCCACCCCAGGGGUCACUUGAUUUUACAUAGGAAAAUUUUCAAAAAUUUUCUAAAAAUAAACCAGAGGGCCUAGUGCUUAGAUAUUUCACAUGUAGCAUUGCCUAGUAGACCUCUACAAAAUUUGUUAAAAUCAUAACCCCCGGGGUCAAAAUUGACCCCUCCCCAGGGGUCACUUAAUUUUACAAAUGAAAAUCUUCAAAAAAUUUCUAAAAAUAAACCAGAAGGCCUAGAGUUUAGAUAUUUCACUUGUAGCAUUGCCUAGUGGACCUCUACAAAAAAUUUUCAAAUCAUGUCCCCCGGGGUUAAAAUUGACCCCGCCCCAGGGGUCACUUGAUUUUACAUAGGAAAAUCUUAACAAUUUUUCUUAAAAAUAAACCAGAAGGCCUAGGUCUUAGAUAUUUGACAUGUAGCAUUGCCUAGUAGACUUCUACAAAAUUUGUUCAAAUCAUGACCCCCGGGAUCUAAUUGACCUCGCCCCAUGGGGUUACUUGAUUGUACAUAGAAAAAUCUUCAAAAUUAUCUAAAAAUAAACCCGAAGAGCUUAGAUAUUUGACAUGUAGCAUUGCCUAGUGGACCUCUACAAAAAAAUUUCAAAUCUUGACCCCCCCACUGUCAAAUUGACCCAGCCCCAGGGGUACUUUAUUUUAUGUUACUAUAAAUAGCUUAUUUAGUAACUUCUUUAUUAUUGGCCGUAGGGAAAAGCCAAGACCACUUUUCUGUGGUACAACAUGGAUGGUACCGCCAAUUUUUAGGUGUAUUUUGACAAAUCUGUACCUUUAAGAAAAUUUCAACUAUAUUUACUCAUAAUUCUUUUGAUUGAUCUUGAUUGUGAUUUUUUGACCUUCCUGUCCUGAAGUGCAAUGAUAACAGGUGAGCGAUAUAGGACCAUUAUGGCCCUCUUGUUUCAUGUAGAGUCUGCUAUUGAUCUUCUAAGGUUGUUUCAGCUAGGUCUAAGUGGUCAAAUUUUGGACCACCACAUGGGUUAGUGUGUUAUACAGAGUAGCAAACUGAAUUUUUUUUAAAAUUCUCAAAAUAUGAAAGGCAUAAGUACAAGAUAUCUUCUAUUUUUCCCCUUCAAGAGUUUUUGACGUAAAGUUUUUUGUCCAGUGCAUCAGCCAGUAUUUUUGUUUAUUCCUUUCAUUACAUUAAGGGUGCUGUAUUUAGUAUUUGCUUAGCAAGAAAUAUACUUAUUUCACAGAAUUUUAUGUAGAAAAUAUUGCCUUUUAGCUCACCUGUCAUGAAGUGACAAGGUGAGCAAUUGUGACAGCUUUUUGUCCGUCGUGCGUAGUGCGUUGUCCGUCGUGCGUUGUCCAUCACGAAUUUCUAAAAAAAAUCUCUUCUUGAAAACCACUGGGCAGAACUACACCAAACUUCACAGGAAUGAUCCUUGGGUGGCCCCCUUUCAAAAUUAUCCAAAGAAUUGAAUUCCAUGCAGAACUCUGGUUGCCAUGGCAACCGAAAGGAAAAACUUUAUAAAUCUUCUUGUCCAAAACCACAGGGCCUAGGGCUUUGAUAUCUGGUGUGUGACAUCAUCUAGUGGUCCUCUAUUAUUCAAAUUAUCCCCCUAGGGUCAAAUAUGGUCCCGCCCCGGGGGUCACAUGGUUUAUAUAGACUUAUAUAGGGAAAACUUUGAAAAUCUUCUUGUACAAAACCACAUGGCCUAGGGCUUUGAUAUUUGGUAUGUGGCAUCAUCUAGUGGUCCUCUACCAAGAUUGUUCAAAUUAUCCCACUAGGGUCAAAUGUGGCCCCGCCCCGGGGAUCCCAGGUUAUACAUAGACUUAUAUAGGAAAAAAGUUUAAAAAUUUUCUUGUCUGAAACCACAACACUUAAGACCUUUGAUAUUUGGUUUGUAGCAUUGUCUUAUGGUCCUCAACUAAAAUUGUUCAAAUUGUACCCCUUGGGUGAAAAGAGGCCCUGCCCUGGGGGUCCCAAGUUUAAUAUAGACUUAUAUAGGAAAAAGCUUUAAAAAUCUUCUUGUCUGAAACCGUACGACCUAGUCUUUUGAUAUUUGGUAUGGUGCAUUGUCUAGUAGUCCUCUACAAGAAUUGUUCAAAUUAUGCCCCUGGGGUUAAAAGAGGCCAUGCCCUGGGGUCACUUAGUUAUUAUGUGAGUUAUAUAGGAAAAAUACUUAAAAAAUCAUCUGAUCCUAUUUCCAAGACUGUUUAAUUAUAAUUACCUGAUGACCCCAAGUAAUAUGAAGUCACUUGACUGUAACCUUGACCUACUGACCUACUUUCAUGUUUUUAGCUCACCUGUCACAAAGUGACAAGGUGAGCUUUUGUGAUCGCGUGGCGUCCGUCGUCCGUCCGUGCGUGCGUGCGUGCGUAAACUUUUGCUUGUGACCAAUCUAGAGGUCACAUUUUUCAUGGGAUCUUUAUGAAAGUUGGUCAGAAUGUUCAUCUUGAUGAUAUCUAGGUCAAGUUCGAAACUGGAUCAUGUACGGUCAAAAACUUGGUCAGUAGGUCUAAAAAUAGAAAAACCUUGUGACCUCUCUAGAGGCCAUAUUUCUCAAUGGAUCUUCAUGAAAUUUGGUCAGAAUGUUCACCUUGAUGAUAUCUAGGUCAAGUUUGAAACUGGGUCACGUACGGUCAAAUACUAGGUCAGUAGGUCUGAAAAUAGAAAAACUUUGUGACCUCUCCAGAGGCCAUAUUUUUCAUGGGAUCUUUAUGAAAAUUAGUCAUAAUGUUCAACUUGAUGAUAUCUAGGUCAAGUUCGAAACUAUGUCACGUGUGGUCAAUAACUAGGUCAGUAGAUCUAAAAAUAGAAAAACCUUGUGACCUCUCUAGAGGCCAUAUUUUUCAAGAGAUCUUCAUGGAAAUUGGUCAGAAUGUUCAUAUUGAUGAUAUCUAGGUCAAGUUCGAAACUGGGUCAUGUGCGGUCAAAAACUAGGUCAGUAGGUCUAAAAAUAGAAAAACCUUGUGACGUCUCUUAGAGGCCAUAUUUCUCAAUGGAUCUUCAUGAAAAUUGGUGAGAAUGUUCAGCUUGAUGAUAUCUAGGUCAGGUUCGUAACUGGGUCAUGUGCGGUCAAAAACUAGGUCAGUAGGUCGAAAAAUAGAAAAACCUUGUGACCUCUCUAGAGGCCAUAUUUUUCAUGAGAUCUUCAUGAAAAUUGGUGAGAAUGUUCACCUUGAUGAUAUCUAGAUCAUGUUCAAAAGUGGGUCACGUGCCUUCAAAAACUAGGUCAUUAGGUCAAAUAAUAGAAAAACCUUGUGACCUCUCUAGAGGUCAUAUUUUUCAAUGGAUCUUCAUGAAAAUUGGACAGAAUUUUUUAUCUUGAUGAUAUCUAGGUCACAUGUGCUCAAAAACUAGGUCACUGUGUCAAAUAAUAGAAAUAACAACGUCAUACUCAGUUCAACACUGGGUCAUGUGGGGAUAGGUGAGCGAUUCAGGACCAUCAUUGUCUUCUUGUUUAAGAUACAGCCUUGAAAUUUUGAUGACAUACACAGUUUUGCACACAAAUCGUAAAACUGAAUUUCAUUGACCAUGAAUAUGACCUACUGACUUUCCUAAUAUUUUAUCAUCAGUUUGACAUUUGAAACAUGUAGCUCAUAUUACUCAGGUGAGCGAUCCAGGGUCAUCAUGACCCUCUUGUUUAAAAAUCCCUCAUUAUAUGUGGAUGGUAUGAAUAAUGAUCUGUUCAGACUUCGGUUUCUAUUUGUCUGGCUUAGAUAUUUUUUUAGCAAAAUACAUACUUGUAAAUCCUACAAAAAAGUUGUCAACAAUAUGUAUUGUUGCUUUUUACAAGACAAUGAUUAAGUAAAAUCUAUAAUAAGAUCUGUUGAAAGCAUGAAAUACAAUAAACCAAAAUAAUAGUAGAGUUGGUCUGAUUGAGUGUGUUCAUGAGAGGUAACAACACCUUGUAACCCUUAGCGCAAGCUUGAGUGGAAUGGAACUCUAUUUUACAAAUAGAUAGACUGAAAGCACUGUAUGAUGUCAAAGGAUCAGAAAAUAUAACGACUCUGAUUCCAAGUAUGGAAGGACAUUUUAUGGCUGCCAAAUGGCUUUUAAAGACUGCUGUCUUGAUUGUUAAUAAGAUAUACAGGAUUAAAACCUCCAAUACACGAAGUGACACUUUAAGGUGGUGGAGGUUACCUGUUCAGUAAGUUCUUUCUCUAAAACUGCCUUAAUUUGAACCUGGAAGUGAUCUCUUUACAUUAUUGCCCACUAUUUUUUUUUAUUUCUUUGUAUUUAUAGACAGUGUUAGGUUAUGCAUAUUGUAAGCCUAUACACAAAUAUAUACAUGUAUAUAAAAUAUUUGAAUUAAUGUUCUUUAUUUUGUAGUUCUUUACAUUUAGAAUGCUUUUUUGCAUAACCAGAUGGAUUAAAAAGUACUCAUUGCU